AUGAUGUCGCUACGUUUUAGCUGGCGGCUUUGUAGCCCCAGCAGUGUACAAAGAAUAAGCGUCUGCCAUCAAAGUGCCAAAGCAAAGCGUGAGAAGCUCGUAUCACGCUAUAGCGCUGAGUUUCCAGAGAAACUGAUCAUCAAGAAGCAAAAGAGUGCCCCUCACAUGUACAUGGCUAAUGAGGAGAUAGCGAAGCAAGUGAAUGACUACCUCGAUCCUCACCUGCGUGAGUCCAACUGUGAUACGGUGCUGGAGUUGAAUCCUGGCCCAUGCCAUUUUACACGACAUCUGCUGGAUCGUGAGUCCCAGUUCCGCAAGAUUAUACUAAUGGAAACAAUGGAUCACUUCAUGCCGCGUCUGCAGGAGAUGCAUGCGCUAUAUCCGGAGCGUGUAAAGGUGCAACACGGCGAUUUUGUUGCACUAUGGAAGCUGGCCUAUAUGGACAAACUGGAUAAUGGCACACGCGUGUCGGAUUUGCUGCAGGAUGUGCCGCAGCGUGCUUUCACUGAAGAUGUCAACAUGCUGGUUAUAGGCGCCGUCGGUUCUUAUCCUUUCUUCAAGCAUCUGAUCAACUCCCUUGUGUUUCAAUCGAGCGUCUUUAAUUGGGGACGCUGCGAAAUGUUGCUAGCCUUACCACCGCCCAUUUUCAUACACUUAACUUGCUCCAAUGAGAUUGGUUAUCUCAUCUAUCGCUCAGCUUCCAUGCUCUUUCAAAUACUCUUUGAGCAUCGUUUCAUUGCGAAAGUGCCGCGUGAGCAUUUUCUGCCGCAACAGGCAGAGUUUAAUCUUGGCAAGAGCAGCAAAUUGGGCAAAGUCAAGUCUAUAAAUCCAGAGUAUUUAUAUUUAACUAAAUUUACGCCGCGCCGCAAUUUGCAUGAGCUCUGUGCGGCGCAAGACUUGCCCGCCUUGUGGUUUUUUAUAAAACAAAAUCUUGUAAGCAGACGGAAUCGCAUUAUACCUAAUCUCGAAAAGUUUGUGCCUGGCUGCGGACCUCGGCUAAUAAUCAAUCAGCAUGCCAAAGAAGCAGUUACGCCACUUUUUAAAGAAGCUGUGAAGCAAUUGCCUCCGUACUCUAUGCGCAGCACUAACAUGAGCACGCGAGAUCAUUUCCCUGCCAUCAAUAUAUAUACACAAUUUGGCGAUUUGACGCCUAGUCAAAUGUUGACGCUGUUUACACAAUUUCGCAGUUGGCCGGAGUACAAUGAGAGCUCGUUUCUGGCAUCCCUUGAGAAUACGCUGCUCAAGCUGGAAACAGUUAAUGAUCAGAGCUUGGAUGAUAGCGUGAUUGCUGAGGAGGAUGACAUCAGCGGUGAAAGCGUAGACGAGCUGCUGGAAGCCACGGAGGCCACAACCGUUACCAAGACUGUUAGUAAAGUCAAGUAGUGAGCUUUUUAUAAUUCAAUUGUUAUUGUUUGUAAAUAAGUAAAUAAGUUGAAAUUCAUUUUUGC